AUGAAACCUCCUCACAAACUCUUCUUCUCGUCUCUGAAACAAGUAGAGAAGCGUUUAAAGCUCGACGACGGAAAUCCACCGACACCGCCUCUGCCUCCGCCGCCGCUACCACAGCCACAGCCACAAACCUCUGAAACACAACCAUCGGAAUCUUUCAGCAGCGCCCCGAUUUACUUAUACAACCAACCUACUAACGCCUCGUCAACCUUCCAAGACAACUCCAUCGAACAAGCCCCUGCAGAAUUCCUCUCUCAUGACGAUAUAGACGAGUUCCCAUCAAAUACCGGUAAGACCCCUAAUCAAUUGAAGGAAUCGGAGGAUAAUUUACCCGAAAACAGUUCGGUUGACGACGUUGAUGCGAUGAUUCGGGUUCUUAAGUUAUCUGAUUUUGACGGAAAAGGACCGGAAAUACCUGAUUUUAGCGAUGAUGAAUUUUACGACAGGAUUGUGAAGGUGAAAGGGCCUAGAAGCAAAAAGGAAGUCGAGAGGUUGGAUGGGUGGAUCAAAUACUUGUUGAAUAAUGGCGGAAGAGAGCCUCUGAGAGUGGCACAUUUGCUUUUGGCUAAGGCUGCAGUUGUUUCGGUGGGUGGUGGUGGUGACGGAGUUGAGUUUCCUUCCACCGUCGACGAGUUUCUACAGAAUGAUCCGCCUUCGGAUUAG